GUCGGGAUCGGUCCAUGUGCUGUUGCCGUUGCCAUCCGUAUCGGGAAAUAAGCACGCAACGUGCACACAGAAAUGAAUUGAAUUUGGAAAUAUAUUUUGAAAAAGAACAAAUCCUAAUAGUGCGGGUAUUUAACCGUCGACUAUUUCGUUUCGGGUUAAAGAAAUUUAGUUUGCCUUUUCAUAAUUUGUGUGCAGCGAACCACGAAAUUGGCCAAGGGAAGACGCAUAGCCGAAGAGGUGCACGACCAUGUCGGGCAGGCGGGCACAAUCCCUGCCGCCGCACAUGAUGGAGCCGGCAAAGCCGGAACGCGGACGCUGCGUGGCUGCCAUCUGUUUCUCGUGGAAGGUGCUCACCUGCGUCGUUUCCCAUGUACUGCUCGUGCUGCUUGUGGUCUCGUACUGUGUGGGCGGUGCCUAUUUGUUUCAGCAUCUCGAACGACCGCAUGAGAUUGAGGUCAAGCGGGACAUACAGAAUCUACGCUUCAAUCUCACCGAGCGCAUUUGGCUGCUCUCCGAUGAUGCGCUGGUGCUGCGCGAGAACGAUUGGAUGGCGAAUGUGAGCAAGCAUUUGGCCAACUUUGAGAAGCAGAUCAUGACGGCCAUCAAGGCCGACGGCUGGGACGGCGACGAGGAUGUGCGCAAAUCCCAAUGGACUUUUGCCGGCUCCCUAUUCUACUCCAUCAUCGUCAUAACCACAAUUGGCUAUGGCCACAUAUCACCGCGCACAGACUGGGGCAAGGUGACAACGAUCUUUUAUGCCAUCGUUGGGAUUCCAUUGAUGCUGCUCUGUCUGUCAAACAUUGGAGAUGUGAUGGCCACAUCGUUUCGGUUCCUCUACUGGCGCAUCUGCUGUUAUGUGUGCACCCGCUCGGCGAAGCGGCCCAGAAAGGCACGGUCGAGGCAAAGAUCUAUGCGGAUGCGGCCGCAGCGUGUUACGUCGCGAUCUCAGCCGCCGCCUUCGUUCAGGCGCUCCAUGAAGAUGACACAGCGUUCCAACAAUGACUCUGGGCUGGGGCCCUCCAUGGGGCAUGCCUACUCGGAUCCGGAGCUGCGCACUCUUGGUCGCGGCUACGAUGACCGCGAUCGUGACCUUGGCGGCGGCGGAUAUCGCGGCAGUGGAAACCGUUCACGUCGCCCGCAGAUGUACCACCAGCCACUGCAGCAUGAGCCUCGCCAGCGUCAUACCAUUUACGGCGAUGAGUACGAGACGCAGACCUUGAAUCGCGCCAACCGCUACAGCAGCCGGCAGCGUCAGCGGGACAGAAUGCGGGACCGGCAUACUGUGGAGCGUGAGCGCUAUUUGGGUCACUCCAGGACGCACAUACAUGGUUCCAUUGAUGAUUUCAGCGACAUGCCCCCACCGGCGAAGCGUGCGGCCAGUGUGCGCUCCGUGCGCUCACCCCAACACCAGGAUACGCGCGCCUCUCGUGAACUGCAUCGUCUGCACUCAACGCCGGGUCGUGGCACGGGUCGUGCAAAAAGUGUGGAUCCGCGGCAUGGACACAUCUCGUCGCACUACGAAGAUGUGGAUGAGGAUGUGGUGCGUAAGACGCCCAUAAUACCCAAUCGCUAUGCGCUGGACGACGACAACGACUUGGUUAACAGCGGGCAACAUGCCCGCAAUGCGCCACGCAGCCAAUCGAUGCCCAGGUCGGCGCAUCGUCAACGCCAACGUCAAAGGGACCUAGAACGAGAGCGUUCACCGCAGCCACAACCGCCGCCUUCGCAUCAUCAUCAUCAACAACAACAACGAUCCAAUGGACGACGUGCUGGCAGUCUGGGCCGUCAAUCCUCGCGCUACGGCAAUCAUUUGGAGCCGCCAGACUACGAUGCAGGGCCGCCGCAGCGACAUCGACGCGGACGCUCGCCGCGCCACGAGGACUACGUGGAGGAGAGCUUCGAUGAGCUGUCCAUGUGCGACGAUAACGACUUAUACGAGGAUUAUCCAGUGCGUCAUGGUUCGCGUAACCGGGAGCCCCGCCGCGAGCGACGUCGCGAACGCCGUCUACCACCCUCGCCACGCAUCAUGUCGCCAAUGGGCUUUCCCGUGCAGCGUCAGAUCCGGCGACGUCCCAGCUAUGAUUACGAUGACGACGAUUCCAUGUACGGCGACGAGUAUGGCGACAGGUUCGAGCUGGUGCCCAAGGACCGGCCGGUGCCCAUUUGGCUGUGCGUCUUUCUGGUGGUCAGCUAUAUACUGGGUGGUGCCGCCCUUUUUGCCUACUGGGAGCAAUGGUCAUUCCUGGACUCGGCCUACUUUUGCUUCAUCACGCUGACCACAAUUGGCUUUGGUGAUUUUGUGCCCGCCAAGGGCGUCAAGGAUGAGUCGGAGCAGUCCAUUGCCUACUGUUCCCUGUAUCUGCUCUUUGGCAUCGCGCUGCUGGCCAUGAGCUUCAAUCUGGUGCAGGAGGAGUUUAUAGCCAAUGUUAAGGAGGUGGCACGACGCCUGGGCAUACUCAAAGAUGAUGACGAUGAACAACAGGACGACUGAGUCUCCUGGACUUGCCACAGUAAGAUUUCAAUAUAAUAAACAAACUUAACGCGAAAUGCUUGGGAUAUGAUUAUCCAAGAAAUGCCAUAGCAUCUGUAUACAUUUAUCUCAAUUACAUUUAUUUCACUAUAUCGAACGUUCACUGUGGUACAGGUGCGUUUAUUUGAGGAAAAAUAUGUGCAUAUUGUAUUGAAAAAGAAUCUCAAAAGUUGAUACAAAAAGCAAAAAUAAAGUUAAAAAUAAAAAGGAACAGGCAAAUUUAAAAGAGGUGCUCCAA